GGCUAUAUAUUGGGGGAGAAGGUGUCUACAAAAGAAUCUCUCCUCCUCCCUCGGAAUCUGGAAGCUCUACAGCUCUGAAAUUUGAAAGGCGGGCGAACCGCUUCCCAUUCUUUGUUGGCUCAACUCCCUUCAACAAAAGCUAGAUAUUUAGGGAAAGAGUUAACUACAAAGGAUGGUUGAGGUUUCACAGCCCAAUAAAUCAAGUGAUUCAGAUAGUAUGAAUGAUAUGGAUUCCAAAUCCAACAUUGGAAAUAAUGCGAAUGAUACACAGAAUCUUCAAUUGGUCGAAUCCUUGCCGGUUAGUAUUGGUUCCUUGGUCGGUCAAGAACUUGUUGCAGACAAAAUUGGCGAAACUUUUCAAGAACGUGAAGAUGAGCAAAAUAAGAAAGAGUCAUCAGUUCGUGUGGUCUAUAGUUCUUUGCCAAGUCGCAGUAAAAGAAAGCUUGACGAACUACUUCACCAGUGGUCUGAGUGGCAUGCUCAGCAUUUUAUGUCUGCUGAGGAUUCAGGUGGCUGUUUAGAAUCUGGUGAAGAAACGCAUUUUCCUGCUUUAUGUGUUGGUUCUGAGAAGUCUUCAGCUGUGUCAUUUUCAAUGGAUGUUUAUGUCCGUAAAAGACAACGGUUAGAGGCAUCGCCUUUGAAUAACGACUGCUCACCAUUGUAUGAUCGAGGAUAUGCUGUUGGUUUGGCAUCAGAGGAGGAGACUACUGAAGAGCACAUUGUAGAUUUGCGUGAAGCUCCCCGGUGCUUCAACUGCGGAUCGUAUAAUCACCCACUCAAUGAAUGUCAAAAGCCUAUAAAUAAAGCUACUGUAAGCAGUGCUCGCAAACAAUUUUUAGACAAGAAGAACCAGAAUACUGGUCCUCGUACCCAAACCCGCUACUAUCAGGAAUCUCCAGGUGGUAAAUUUGAUGGGCUUAAACCAGGAUCCCUUUCAGAUGAAACGAAAAAGUUGCUUGGUUUAGGGGAGCUGGAUCCUCCUCCAUGGCUUGAUAGGAUGCGGGAACUGGGAUAUCCACCUGGAUAUCUUGAUGAAGAAGAAGAGGACAAGCCUUCAGGAAUUGCAAUAUUUGGUGAUGAAGAAACUUCAAACAUACAUAUAAAGAGUGAACUUCUAUUAGAUGCUACACAAUCUCCAAAGAAAAUGAGAGUAGAAUUUCCCGGAAUCAAUGCCCCAAUACCAGUGAAUGCAGACCACAGGAAAUGGAUGCCGCCCAUAGUUCCAGCACCCGAUUGUUCUUGGAACCAGCACCUGCCAGAAAAUAGAUGGGGUUAUCCCCUAGACUCUCAGAAUGAUCGAGUUUUCCAUGAUGCAUACCGAUCAAGAAAUCACAUCAACGCUCCUAAUCACUUUAGUGCUGGAUCAAGUCCUCCGGUACAUCAAGAUCGACACAACUAUCAUCCAAGAGAGUCAUUCAGCCCAAGAGGUAUCUCAAUUCCCGAAAGGCCCCAUUAUGGCGGACCAGGUGACACAAGAAUGCAUUUUAGGCCUCAUUUUAAACAUGGUAGUUUUUAAUUUCAUUUUAUGAUCGGGAUAUUGCGUAUGAUGAUGAGUUUUUAACCUCAUUCAUGCCGGCUCUUAAUAGUGUUAGGAAUCAAAACAAACCGAUUGAUUGCCAUCAUAACCGCUAUUUUAGAUGAUCAUAUGAUUCAUCCGUUUUCUCAUGUAAUUCUGUUAAGAAUCAAAACUCUGAUAUGUAUGUUACAUGUUAAGUGAAGUAUGCAUGUCAUUCUCAGUA